AUGAAGUGGUCGGAACUGCUCGGCCCCAAGCUUCAGACGAAGGAAGGUCUGCAGGAUACGGACGACAGGCUCACGGGGAAGAAGGUGGUGGGUUUCUACUUCUGCGGGCACAAGCUCGGGCCGCUAUUUGAACAUUAUACGUUUUACCUGAAGGAUUUGUACCAACACACGAUCAUGGCGUACCCCGAGGUUGAGUUUAUCUACGUCUCUUCGGACAGUGACUUAGAACAGUACAACAAGUACUUUGAGCUACUAAAGUUCCCGGCGGUUCCAUUCGAUGAGCGCGCGACUAUCGAGGCUCUAAACACUAAAUUUGGCUUUCAAGCUUAUCCGAUAAUGAUCUUUUUCAACGGAGAGGGCAAGGUCAUUACUUCAGACGGCCUAUGUAGGGCUGUCAACGUGCGCGGAGAUGGGUAUUUUUUGUGGGAGGGACUUAUGAAAAAGCAGUAUCCGGAUAACUAUUGGGAGUACACGCGAAGUCGCUAUGGGAGGCGCUGGAAGUAA